CUGUUGGAGAGCAUUUUGUCGGUUUCCUACCAGUGCUUGACACAUCAGGCGCAGGGCUAACGGAUGCCUUCUUGAAGCAUUUGGAGAAGUUAGGCCUGGAUGUCGAAAAAUGCAGGGGACAGGCGUAUGAUAACGGUAGCAACAUGCGGGGGAAAAAUAGCGGUGUGCAGAAAAGGGUGCUUGAUAUCAACAAAAAGCACUGUUCAUGCCAUGUGCCAGCCACAGUCUAAACCUCGUCAUUGUAGAUGCUGCGAAGUCAACAGUGGAGUCUGUGAGCUUCUUUGGGGUGCUGCAACGUCUGUACACCAUUUUCAGCUCCUCCACACAGAGAUGGGCGAUUUUCAAGACAAACGUACCACAGAUGAUGACCCUAAAGGCCAUAUCCAACACGCGAUGGGAAUGCCGCGUGGAAAGUGUGAAAGUGCUGCGUUAUCAGCUUCCUGCUGUCGGCGAAGCUCUUCUUUCACUGGUCGAUCAUGCAACAAAAAAAGGUGACAGUGAGACUGCGUCUGCUGCCAGAGGCCUCGAACAGGAGAUAACAAGCUGGAAAUUCCUGCUGACUGUCAUCAUCUGGUACAACAUUCUCCAUGAGGUGAAUCGUGUCAGCAAGCUGCUCCAGAGCCCACAAGUUGGGAUUGAUGUGCUACAGUGCGAGGUGGGAUAUGUUCUUAAAUUCCUAAAAGAAUACAGAGAGAACGGCCUUUCAUCCGCCCAGACAGAUGCUAGAGACAUCGUGGAAGAGAUGGAGAUGCCAAUGGUCUUCCCCACUUCACGAGGCCGAAAACCCAAACACCAGUUUCCGUACGAGUCCCAAAAUCUGGAUCCUUCCUUGACAGUGACACGCGAGGAAAUGUUCAGGAGAGAUGUUUUCCUCCCACUAGUGGACUCUGCCAUUACAGGCACUAGUGAGCGCUUUAAGUUGAUGGAGACAUUUCAUGGUCUGUUUGGUUUCAUUUAUGGAAGAGAGGAAAUGAAAAGGGCCGUGGAAAGUUACACCCUCAAAGACAGCUGCGCAAACAUAGAAAAAACCCUCGGCGAUGUGGACGCUGCGGAACUUGUGCGCGAGGUGUCAACUGCUGUCACUGCCGUGCCGGCAAAAGAAACCACUGGCCUGCAGAUUCUGAGCUACAUUUACAGAAACAAUUUAGUUGAACUGUAUCCAAACCUCAGCAUUGCUCUCCGACUCAUGAUGACAGUGCCUGUGACUGUAGCAAGCGGAGAGAGGAGUUUCUCUCGCUUGAAGCUAAUAAAAACACACCUGAGGUCAACAAUGCUCCAGGAGCGGCUGUCAGCUCUGGCUCAGAUUUCAAUUGAGCACGAGGUGACAAAAUCGCUGGACAAAGAUGAACUUAUCAGGGCAUUCUCAGCACUCAAACACAGAAGGGUGGAUUUCUGAAAAGGGCUACGGUGAGAUCUACGCCCGCCGCACGAUGAGCUCAGCUGUCCACGGUGCUGAAAUAACGCACUCAUCAUUGUAUUUAUGUUAAGUUCGGUUCAGUGUCAGUCAGACACGUUUUCUUCUUUGCUUUUGUUAAUAAUUUAAGUUGAAGGGAUGUUUGUGCUGUUUAUUUUAUGUCAGCCCAGACAGCUGGAAAUAUACUGCGCUAAUCAAUUAAGCAGAGAAGUUGCCGUCCGUGAAAGAACGAGGCUUAUUCCAAAACGCUGUAUAAAUUGUAUAUAGUUUUAAUCAAAUAAGGUUGGAUGAUUUCUAUGUUGAGCUGCCUGUUCAUGAAGCUGAAAGUGCAUGUAUAAUAAAAUAAUAUACCAUUUAUGCAAA